CAGACUCCUCCCCGCCAUAUCCGUUGUUGUAUCCCGGGGGGGAGAGAGGCGAUCUCCGGGCGCUGUGUACCGGGCAGUCAUGCGGAGUGUAUAGAGGACGGAGGAUAAUGAGGGGGACUCUGCACACCCUGCUGCUGCUGGCAGUGCUGGGAGGGGUCCGGACCAAGUUCUCCUUCCCUCUCCGGAUCUCCCCUGCCCUGGUCAGCCAGCCCCAGCCUGUCUCUACCACCACUGCCAAGGAUAUCAUGGGGCUGGCCCUGGCCGCCGACCCCAGCGGCAACAUCAACUUCAUGACCAUGGUCAACAACCUGGAGGGAGACUCUGGCAGGGGGUACUACCUGGAGAUGAUGAUCGGGACCCCCCCACAGACAGUAAAUAUUUUGGUGGACACGGGAAGCAGUAACUUUGCAGUUGCCGGAGCUCCGAAUCCUGAUAUUUCCACGUAUUAUGAAUCGUUCGCGUCCUCUACAUACCAGUCUCUUGGAACGGCGGUAACGGUCAGGUACACUCAGGGAAGUUGGACUGGAGUUCUUGGAAAAGAUGUCAUCGGCGUCCCGAAAGGAGUGAAUGGGACGUUUUUGGUCAACAUCGCUUCUAUCUUGGAGUCUGAAAGUUUCUUCAUGCCACAGAUCAAAUGGCAAGGGAUUCUGGGACUGGCUUACAGCACCUUGGCCAAGCCGUCAAGCUCUGUGGAACCGUUCUUUGAUUCCUUGGUAGAGCAGGCAGAUAUUCCGAACGUUUUCUCCAUGCAGAUGUGUGGGGCUGGCCUGCCCACAACCGGGUCCGGAAACAAUGGCGGCAGUCUUGUCAUGGGUGGUAUGGAACCAACGCUGUACUCAGGGGACAUCUGGUACACCCCCAUCACUGAGGAGUGGUAUUAUCAAGUGGAAGUUCUCAAGUUUGAAGUUGGAGGGAUGAACUUGAACCUGGACUGUAAAGAGUACAACACCGACAAAGCCAUUGUGGACAGCGGCACCACACUCCUGCGUCUCCCAGACAAGGUCUUCAAUGCCAUGGUGGAAGCCAUCGUUCAGACAUCUUUGAUUCAGAACUUCAAUAAUGAAUUCUGGACGGGUUUGCAGCUGGCGUGUUGGGAGAAAUCAGAGGAGCCAUGGACGUACUUCCCGGAUCUCUCCAUUUACUUGCGUGACAGCGACAACGCCACUCGCUCCUUCCGCCUCACCAUGAAGCCUCAGCUGUACAUCCAAUCUGUGAUGACCUUCCGUACGGAUAUGAAUUGUUACCGCUUCGGCAUCUCGCCCUCCUCCAAUGCGCUGGUUAUCGGGGCCACCGUCAUGGAAGGCUUCUACGUCAUAUUUGACAGAGCAGAGAAGAGGGUCGGUUUUGCAGUCAGCAGCUGUGCAGAGGUGAAUGGCAUUCAGGUCUCGGAGAUUGCCGGUCCCUUCAGCACCGCGGACAUAUCCAGUAACUGCAUUUCCAGCUACCCGUUCCGAGAGCCCGUCAUGUGGAUUAUAUCGUAUGCACUCAUGACUUUUUGCGGCAUUAUUCUGCUGGUGCUGGUGGUCUUGCUGCUUAUUCCCCAAAGACGGCACAAUGGCCCAGAGGUUGUCAAUGACGAGUCUUCUCUAGUACGCCAUCGUUGGAAAUAACCAAGAGGACUCUGUACACCAAAAAGGAGCCUUUGGCCAGCGGACUUGGUGUUCUCUCACCCAGUUACUUUUUUUCUUUUGCUGCUGGGAAUGUCGCAAUCACAACCAAAGCUGUCCACAUCAAGUGGCAUUUGUAACUUAUUACCUUUCACGUUCCGUGCAAAUUUCAAAGUACGCCACCAGGGCGAUGUCUUACUACUGUACUGAUCAUUUUCUAACUGGAUGCACUGUGGACUUUGAUGUUUGAAAAAAAUAAUAAUAAUUUUUUUGAUAUUUUUUGGAAGCCAUAGCCAUGACCACUCAAGCCAUAAUUGUGAUAUCCUUGCUACUCUUAAAUUGAACCUCUACUUAGGAGGCAUCGUAAACUUUACACGGAUCAUGAACAGUUGGAAUCUUAAGGCACCUACGCACAUUUCUGACAUUCCUGCAACCCCUUCUACCUUCGGUCAUAGGAUAAGCCAGAAUGUCCCAACCACAAUGACACUGAGCAGCCUAUAGCCAAGACCAGGUGUUGGCACAUAUGGGGCAGGAGGCAAGCCUUGCAUAAAGUAGAAGUCUAACCACAACAUAUAUUUUAUUUUUUUGGACCCCCUGCAAGACUUAUAUUUUUGUCUUUGUCUUCUUUUGAGUAGACUUGCCCUCACCUAGGUUUCUAAGUAUAAAGCAUGGGUUGGGUUCAAGUCAAAAGCCUUCGCCUAGCCCUCAGGAAUUCUGGACAAAUUUUUCUUAAUACGUUGAUUUCCUAUAAUCGUCUGCUCCAUCCAGUGGCCAUAAUGUACAUAUUUUCCUGAAAUAACUCAAUCAGGUAAGUACCACGUUAUGGCCAAUAAAUGGCGCUGUCAAUCAUAAGAAAUUAAUAUAUUAAGCAAGAUAUGGCCAAAAUGUGUGAGGACUGGGUAAAUGCUUGUGACAUUUGUCCAAUUAAAUGCUUUACCGAUGGACCCCUUAGUGUGUUACUGGUGGGGUGGAACCAUUACGCAAAAGACGGCACUGUAGCUACCAUUUAGUACAGGGGUCUCCAGACUUUUUAAGCAAAGGGCCAGUUUACUGUCCUUCAGGCUUUAGGGGGCCUGAUUCUGGCCAGUGGAAGUUGAAAACGCCUCGGCAUCAAUGCCCGAUCACUGGUUUUAAUGGUAGGAAUAGUGCUCCAUUGAUGAUCACAGUGAUGAGAAUGAUGCCCAUAGAGGAAAUGGUACGCCAUUUUUGGUGUCAGUUGAUGGAGGGCAAGCAAAGGGCCACAUUUGGCUCCAAUUUGGAGACCACUGAUUUAGUAGAAUGUGAAAUGGUUAGAACUUGUGGGUUGACUUUGUGUCUUAAUUACUAUUUCUAUGUAAAACGUGAUGUUCAAUCUCCUCAAUGGCCAAUAUUCCCGAACGAGGUCCUAUUGCUUCUGUUUCCAUAUGUUUCUGGUAGACUUCUACCUCAUUAAUGCCAACUUAUGGUAAAUCUGUGUUUUCAUAGGAUAUUUGGUAGGACUUUGAACAGUGGUUAGAAGGGGUUUCCAGAAUUGUUCCAACGGUUCUUGGAUACCUUUACAACGCUGUUUGUUCAGUUAGUUACUCCUUUUCACCUUAGUGUCACCUCAGGUGUACGUCAAAGUUUUGUAGAUUAUUGAUCUCUUUGCAGUUACUUUUUUGGAUUCCAGUUGAUGUAUUUUCUUCUCAUUCCAGAAGUUGUUCUUUUUAAAACCAUUGACACUGA